AUGGUGCCUAAUGCCUGCUGUCCCUACCAGGGGAAGAUACUGCCCGUGGUGUUGCCUCCCUUCAUCAUCACCGAGUUGGUGCUGGGCGUCCUGGGCAACAGCCUGGCUCUCUGGAUCCUCUGCCGCCACAUGAGGCCCUGGAAGAGCAGCACCGUGCUCCUCUUCAACCUGGCCCUGGCCGACUUCCUGCUCAACGCGGUGCUGCCGUUCCGUGCCAGCUACUACUUUUACGGGCUGGACUGGCGUUUCGGUGACGGCUUCUGCCGCGUCUUCCUCUUCCUGGUGUCCCUCAACCGUAACGGCAGCAUCGCCUUCCUGACGCUUAUCGCCCUGGACAGGUACGUGCGUGUGCUGCACCCGCACCACCGCCUCAACUCGACAUCCGUCGGGAAAGCCACAGGCCUCGCCCUGGCUGUGUGGGCCAUCACCGCGGCCCUCAACGCCCACCUGCUGGCGCAACCGCAGCACAUGAGAGUGGCCAACAGUACACAGUGCGAGAGCUUCCGGGCGUGUGUGGAAGAAGACUCUGCCGCCGCCUGGUACAAAGCCACCUUCGUGGUGUCGUUCUUCGGGCCCCUGGCACUGCUAAUGGUCUGCUCCAUACGCAUCGUCUCUGAACUCCGGCGCCGGCACCUGGAUCGGCAGGGUAACAUGAAGCGGGCCCUGUUCUCCCUGGCCGCAGUGGUGGUGCUCUUCUUCGUCUGCUUCCUGCCCAGCAAUGUGGCGCAGGCCUUCGUCUGGGUGAAGGUGGGAUCCAUGGUGACGACGAGGGCUUGCAAGGAUGUGGAGGUGGCCAACGCCGUCUUCUACAGCAUGUUGACCCUCACCUACCUCAACAGCGCGCUGGACCCCGUGGUCUACUACUUCUCCAACCCCGCCUUCCAGAGGACCUGCAGACGGUUGCUGCUGCGGAGUGACGGAGGGCAUGGAGGGGCCGUAGACAGCAACUCCCAGGAGUGA